GCGUCACGCCACUGCGCGCAAUCAAGCACGGAAAUAAAAUAACAGCUGUUCUACAAUAUUCGCUCGGGCAACUCAGGCAGCAGCUGUACCACGCAGCCGUUUUCCUUGGGAUCGCGAUUGUUUGGACGUUGCUUUCUCAUUGUUGUAAUAAUCACCGUGUAGUUUGGACUAUUCUUUCGCCCAUUUUUAAACGUAUAUUACUGUGCAAGUAAUUACAGUAUUGGCGUUCGAAGUGUGUGAAUCAUUAAUCCGUAAGCUACGCUGGCGCUAUGUUUACCAAAAUUCCUCAUUCGUUGUUAUUGUGACUCAAGUUGAAAUGCCUCGUGAAUACGUGGACCGCGAGGAGAGUUCUGCAGUGUUAUGUUAAUAGAAUCUCUUUUAGAUAGUGAUUUUAGUAAAAUUAGUUCUUGACAAUGUCUAACACGGUUCCGACCAGUUCUGCACUGAGGGCUCUGGCCUUAGAGUAUAAGAGUCUGCAAGAGGAGCCCGUGGAAGGGUUCCGAGUGAAACUUUUAGGAGAGGACAAUUUAUUUGAGUGGGAAGUCGCGAUUUUCGGCCCUCCAGACACAUUAUACCAAGGUGGAUAUUUCAAGGCACAUAUGAAAUUCCCACCAGACUACCCAUACUCACCACCUUCCAUUAGAUUUUUAACAAAAGUGUGGCAUCCAAAUGUGUAUGAGAAUGGUGACCUCUGCAUAUCGAUCCUGCACCCGCCGGUUGACGACCCGCAAUCGGGCGAGCUGCCGUGCGAACGCUGGAACCCGACGCAGUCGGUGCGCACCGUGCUGCUCUCCGUGAUCUCACUGCUCAACGAGCCUAACACGUUCAGUCCCGCCAACGUCGACGCCAGCGUCAUGUACCGUCGCUGGCGCGACUCCAAAGGGAAGGAUAAGGAAUACGAGAAUAUUAUCAGGAAGCAAGCCCAAGUGGCGCGCACUGAGGCUGAGAAGGAAGGCAUAGUAGUACCCCUUACGUUAGAAGAUUAUUGCAUCAAAACCCAAGUCAAGUCGACGACGCAGGAGCCACAGUUGGACAUGACAGACUUCUACGACGACGAUUACGACGAUCUCGACACAGACUCUGACGAGGAAGUGGACGGCGGCGACGGCGACGGCGACGACAGCGGCAACGGCGAGUCGUGAGGCCGCGCCCCGCUCUCUGCGCGCCAUCUGUCGCGGCGGACGGACCACGUUGUCCGUACCGCUUGCCUGAACUGGAUAGUUAAUAUUAAUUUUAUUAUAAUAACAGUGAAUGAGUCAUUCUUGUUUCUAUUAUAAUAUCUCUAUGGCAAUGUGGCCAUUAUGUAAAUGUUAGAAUCUUUCUAAAAUAGACAAUUAUAUAAUUAGUUUUGUUUAUAUUAUGUGUAACAAUACUUCUGUGAUUGUAAAACAUUAUUGCCUGAAUAUUUGUUUGUCUUUAUGUUUAGUUUUAUUAAUUUUUGAUUAUUAGAAUCAUUAAAACAUAACAAUAUUUUUGGCAUUUUAUUUUCUGAAACACAGUAAUUAUUAUCAAAUUAUAAGAACUGGCAAGUCAAUGUAGCUGUAUAAUCGGAUGUGUUCUAACCUCUCCUAUUCAUAGUCAUGCUACAUUCAUAUGAUCCUUGCAAAUGCAGUGUGUACAGAAAUAUAUGUAACUUAAAAUUUUCAAUGAUUCUGGAGUAUGCUCAAACCAUAUUAUAUGAUAAUACUAAAAAUGAUACAGUACAUUAAUAAGAAUGUUUAAUGAUUCAUGAACGAAAUUAUUUGUAAUGUAUAUUAAGAAAAAAUGAAUUUUAAUGGUUAGUGUGCACUAAGUUAAAUUUAUAUAGAUUUGUAAUGUAAUACUUGUAUGAUUUGUAUUUUUAAGAAUUAGAAUACCUGCGAAUUUGGCUUCUAAAUUCCUAUCAAACUGUAUUUAACAUGUUAUCCCCGAUCGCGAUGCUACUUCGUAACAUUUAAUGCGGUAAUAGAUACUUUCCUAAUCCUAUGUCAGUCAGAACGUAAUAUUUUCGGAAAUCCUGCUAAAAUCGUCCAAAAGUUAUUCAUUAGUUAGAUGUAAGUUAAAGUAAGCGGUUUGGAAAAAUAUCGUAGGAAAAUUCACGAUGAGAAUGUUAAUUACGUAUUAAAUAAUAAACAGAAUGUGUUUGGAUGAGA